CCAUGCAUGCAUGCAAGCCUACUUGAUCUGAUUCAAUUGAUUGGACAUUGAUACGCAGCUCUCCCUUCAUUUCCUCACUGCCGCUCCCCAUCUUUCCAUGGCGGAGCGGGCCCCAUCUUCUGAUCAUUAUCACGAUCCACCUCCUUCGGAACAAAGUCAUCAAUUAUCAGCCCAACCUGAUGAUCGACCUGCUUUCCGCCCCGGCACCUACGUCGUUCAGGUCCCUAAAGACCAAAUCUACCGCAUUCCACCUCCCGAGAAUGCUGUUAUAGCCGAACGCUAUCGAAACCCGGCCCUCCGUAACAAGAAGAAGUGGCAAUGUUCUUCUUGCUGCUUGUGGGUUUGUAUCUCGGUCCUUCUUGUUGUACUUGUUCUUGGCGCGAUAGUUGUCACAUUCCAACUUGUCUUGAUCAACCCUAAGAAUCCUACGUUUGAUGUCGAACGCGUUGCUGUGAAGAAUAAUUCGCAUUCUCGCAAUCAACUGCAUUCCAAUCCAGAGUAUAACAUCACGUUAAGAGCCAAAAAUCCGAAUGGAAACGUGGGCAUUUUGUACAAGGAAGGUGGCGUUGCCUCCCUUUCUUUUAGACAACGAGAAAUAGGUACGGGAAAUUACCCCACAUUUUUCCAAGACCAUACGGAUUCAACAGUAUUUGGCAUCAUUUUUCACGGUUCUAACAACGUCGUGUUACCUACGGAGAUUGAGAAAAGCAUGAAUAGCCAAAUGCAGAAGGUUCAGGUCACAUUCUCUAUAAAGAUGGAUGUCCCGGCACGAUUGGGCAAUGUUGGCUCAUUGAACAGGGGGAGCAUCAAGUUCGUUGUUGCUUGCUAUUUCACGGUGGAUACAUUGGCUAAGGAUACCCAUAUCAUUUCCCGGAAAUGUCAUACACAACGAUGACUCUAAAGGGCAUUGGUAUAUAUAUAUAUAUAUAUAUAUAUAUAGGAAUGAAUUGACGGUGCGUACGGUGAUGGCAGAUCAAGUACUUCUGCUAAUUCCAAGCACAUUUUUAUUAUUGAUACAUCAACCAUUUUUCCUUUUUCAUCAUUGGGAGGACUUCUCCUGAUCUGGU